AUGUACGCCGACAUUUCAAAGCCUCCUGCUCCUCUUCCCCAGGCCAAGCCUCAGACUGUUGGUGAGGGGAUUACUCUUCUGCCUCCACUUUCGAGACGGGGUCAUGGACCUGGUCUUGUUAUUCUGAGUCCUGACUCGGAGAAGCAUUUGGAGAUCAUUGAGGGUGUUCCUUCUGCUCUUUUGAAGUGGGCUGAGGAGGGGUAUGCUGUUGUUGAGAUACAAGCGAAGGCGUUUAACAGAGAUGCUGGUGAGGUGUUGAGUGAUGCAUUGAAGGCUCUGAGGGGUUGUGAGCAAUUGGAGAAAGAUAGCAAGAUUGGACUUAUUGCAUAUGACCCCAAACUAUGGAACCAGGUAGCCGGCUCAGUCAACAACUCUGGUCUAGUAGGUGCAGUGAUCUACGCCAACGAUGCAGACCUUUCAGGCCUUGAGAAAUCCAGCAUCCCCAUGUUGCGCCACAUUGCAGGCCGCACAGCCAUCAUUGAGAGAAGUGAUGGCCUCACAGCAUACUCAUACUCCAGCGCAAAAUCUCAUCUCAUGGCAACACCAUUCCAAGAUGACUUUGACUACUGGACUGAGUCUCUAUCACACACGAGAAACUUGACGUUUCUCAAGCCUCUUACCAACGGCCCCUACUUUGAUCUUGAAGCUAUCUGGGAUGAGCAUACCUAUUAUGAGUUUGCGGACCGCUCGGUUGAGCAUACGAUGAGCACUAUGGUUGAUCAGCCAUAUGUUAACCACGUACCUACACUUACGGGUGGCAUCGGCCGCAAGUCACUUACAACUUUCUACCGCGAUAACUUCAUCUUUCAAAACUCAGACGACACCGAACUUGAACUCAUCAGCCGCACAAUCGGUAUUGACCGAGUAGUCGAUGAAUUCCUCUACAAGUUCACACAUAACAAGACAAUCGACUGGCUACUUCCCGGCGUUCCACCAACCGACAAGAAGAUGGAAGUCCCCUUCACAGCAGUCGUAAACAUCCGCGGUGAUCGCCUCUACCAUGAGCAUAUCGCAUGGGAUCAAGGUACUGUUCUUGCGCAACUGGGCUUGAUACCGCAAUAUCUUCCCUUCCCGUAUCCUGUUGCAGGACAGAAGGAGGGUGCCAAGUAUGAGUAUCGCGUGCCUGUGACGGGCCUUGAUACAGCGGCGAAGAUGAGGGAUAGGAAUUCUGUGGCUUCGAAUGAGAUGUUUAGUUACAAGGUUCGGGAGAUUUAG